AUGGAGGCGAUUGUCGCGUGGAUUCGAUCUGGCACAGCCGGACGGAAAUUCAACAAGUAUCUGUUCUGGGCGGCAGCUGCCCUGUCGGGGAUGCCUUUUGUAGCUGCGGAGCUCAAGCUGCACAUCAACUGCAUCUCAGCGGUGGAUGCGGCGUUGUGCACGGUGAUUGACAUCCUGGACGAAGACAUCGACGGGGAGUACACCUUGGCUGGUACCGAUCGCGGCGAGGCUGAGAUGCCCGCCCUCGUGGCCCUGAUCGUGGAGGCCAUGCGGCUCCAUCCUGCAGCUCCCGAGGUUCAAGCCAGGGGGGCCACCUGCAUCAGCUUCUUGGUGCCCUUUGUAGAGUAUGCCUCGCUGCAAGCGGUGGCGCCGGCGGCCAUUGUCGGAGUGCUUACCGGAUCGCGGCGGUUCCCACGAAGGAUGGAUGUGAUCAGUGGGGCAGUGGCUGCACUGAGAGCCUUCUGCGACCUCGCCAGGUGCAAAAAGCGCCCGGACGCAAAGGGUGCAGAGGUCAUCGUGGCUUCACUGCGGCGAGAGGGCGCGGUGGACUGCAUAGAGCAGGCCUUCGGCUACUUCUCUCACUACGAAGAUGCGAUGCAGAUGCUCGAGGACGCUGCCGCGGUCUCCGCGCAGAUCUCUGGAGUCGAGGCUUUGUUGACACGCCUGGGAGAGGAGCCGGCAACGUCCCACCUCCGCAUGGCUGGACUCAAGGCCAUCUUCGAGGAAGGCCGUGCGGACCUGGACUUCCUUUCGGCACGUGCCUGCGCAGCUGCUGUGGAGGCUUGCGAACGCAUGAUGCUGGAGGCCUCGCAAUACAACGAGUCCGAGAAGGAGCCCUCUGACCCUCCCAUCGACACGCAGCGACUGCACGAGGUUGCCUCCCUGCUGUCUGGCCUGUGCGCAGGACGACUGCGGGCUGCUUGCCUCGCGUGA